AUGGAUAAUCGCUCUUCACUUGAUUUGGUUCGCCCAGUUUUCAUGCAUUCUGAGCGACGGCAAAAGACAAUGUAUCAUAUUUCUAGAGUCGACGAUGCUAUCUACUUAGUUCUGCUUGCGGAAGGAGUGAAGAAGUUUAGCGAGAAAGUUGUUCAGGACUUUAUGCAAACUGUGACAGAAAGCUUGCAGCACUCAGGAGCUUUUACACCUCGUAUUUUGGUAUCAAAUACAUCUAACUCGGCCUAA